AACAUUCAUGAAUACACGCACGUGACGUGGACUUGUUUUACCGUGUCCGGAAGUGCUGUGGCUUUUCUUCCAGCUUGGAUGUUUUAUAAUUAAUUACGUUUUCUAGCUGUUACUGUGUCCAGCUCAGCCUAGAAAGUGUUAAUUACUCUAACUAAGCGACCACCGCACACAGAUGACGUGUCGCUGCUAGAAACUUUGGAUACAAUCUUACUUUGAAGGCAUUCCAGAUGGCUAGCUAGCAAGCUAACCGGCUAACAGGCAAAGCAGGCUGCCAGCUGACUGUAGGGUCAUGCCUGUGUACACGUAAUUAUACAAAACUUAGUUAAGUUCAAACGGAAGAAUGAAUAAGAGCCAAAAGAAGCAUGGUCAUGUUCUUCACCGGUAAACAGGCUGCGAUGUAAUUUCACUCUCCAGGUAACAGUAAUGUAUAGUAUACUGGGGAUAUAAAUACUGCAACUGGACUUAAACUGGUCGACUUUGGCUGCUUGAAGAUGGAAGACAAAUACAGCAGCAACGUACUCUCAGGGGGGAAGCUGGGCAUGGUCGAAGUGCCCAAUUCGAGGUUAACCAGAUAUAUAGUUUUACUGAUUGUCACAAAGGUCAUCAAGGCUCUUGGAAUCUUUGAAUCUUACGAUAUCCUGAAAGUUGUGCACAUUGUGCAGUUUAUCUUCAUACUAAAAUUAGGGAGUGCUGUUAUUCUGCUUUUCUUUCAAAAGCCUUUCUCUGGCAAAGUCAUCUCCAAAAUACAGUGGAUAAAGUUACUGAAGCAUGCCGUUUUCAGCUGUAUCAUAUCGCUCCUGGGCUUCUUCGGUCUAACUCUCUGUGGACCUCUGAGGACAUUGUUGCUUUUUGAGCACAGUGAUGUGGUGGUCAUUGCUCUUCUCGGUGUUUUGUUCACAAGCUCAGGAGGGGGGCCGUCCAAGACCAGAGGCGCUGCUCUCUUCAUCAUCGCCGUGAUCUGCCUCCUCCUCUUUGACAACGACGAUCUCAUGGCAAAGAUGGCGGAGCACCCUGAGGGACACCAUGACAGCGCGCUCACUCAUUUCCUCUACACUGCCAUUGCAUUUUUAGGGGUGGCAGAUCACAAAGGAGGUGUAGUUCUGCUGGUGGCCUCCAUGUUGCUGAAGGUGGGCUUCCACACGGCCUCCAGGAAACUAUCAGUGGAAGUCGGUGGUGCGAAACGCCUCUAUGCACUCGACAACCUGGUUUCUGCUAUAGUGCUGCUGCCCUGGGUCAUAGUGCUCUCAGCGACCACAGACAGUAAAGUGGAAUCAUGGUCGUCCCUCAUCCUGCCGUUCGGGAUGAUAAUCUUCUCCGUAAUGAUCCUGGAGUUUUACGUCGAUGCCAUCUGCAACACGAAGAUGGAGAUGCCGAGGUGCGCCCGCUAUGGCGCCAUCGCCCUCUUCCUCAGCGCGCUGCUGCUAGCCAACUUCUGGACUCACCCGCUGACCGACCAGCUGCGCUCCAUGAGCAAACCGCCCCAGCAGGUCAGCACGGAGCAUGUGCUCUCUGGAGGAGUGCUAGUCAGCGCCGUCUUCUUCAUCAUGUCAUCAAGUAUUCUCUCGUCCCCGUCAAAGAAAGGUCAGAAGGGCACCCUGGUGGGUUACUCGCCUGAAGGGACCCCUCUGUACAACUUCAUGGGUGACGCUCUGCAGCACACAUCGCAGUCCCUCCCUCGGUUCAUCAAAGAUUCCCUGAAACAGAUCCUGGAGGAAUACGACUCCAGGCAGAUCUUCUACUUCCUGUGUCUGAACCUGGCGUUCACCUUCGUGGAGCUGUUUUACGGUGUUUGGACCAACAGUCUUGGACUGAUCUCUGACGGCUUCCACAUGCUGUUUGACUGCUCCGCUUUAGUCCUUGGCUUGUUUGCUGCCCUCAUGACUCGCUGGAAAGCUACCAGGAUCUUUUCCUAUGGGUAUGGUCGUGUCGAAAUACUUUCUGGAUUCAUCAACGGCCUGUUCCUAAUGGUCAUCGCCUUCUUUGUCUUUGUUGAGUCAGUCACCCGUGUGAUGGAUCCUCCUAAUAUAAACACAGACAUGCUGACGCCGGUGUCUGUCGGAGGUUUACUGGUCAACCUGGUGGGUAUCUGCGCGUUCAGUCACGCUCACGCUCACGCCCACGGUGGCAAAAGCUGCUCGUCAAAUGACCAAGCUCACUCGCACCACGGCCACUCCCACAGCGAGCACGGCCACUCUCACGGAGGGCACGGUGGACACGGAAACAGCGGGCACGGCCACUCUCACGGAGGGCACGGUGGACACGGAAACAGCGGGCACGGCCACUCUCACGGAGGGCACGGUGGACACGGAAACAGCGGGCAUGGCGGACACGGACAAUCCCACGGCUCCGGGGGUGGAGGCAUGAACGCUAACAUGAGAGGUGUUUUCCUCCACGUCCUGGCUGACACGCUGGGCAGCGUCGGCGUGAUCAUCUCCACUAUCCUCAUCCGUCAGUUCGGCUGGUUGAUCGCCGACCCAAUUUGCUCGCUCUUCAUCGCCACGCUCAUUUUUCUCAGUGUCAUCCCUCUUCUGAAGGACGCCUGCGAGGUUCUUCUUCUACGAAUUCCCCAGGAAAAUGAGAAGGACCUGAACAGUGCGCUGGAAAAGAUCGAGAAGAUUGAAGGAGUGUUGUCGUACAGAGACUCUCAUUUCUGGAGGCAUUCAGCCAACAUGAUCGCAGGGACCAUCCACCUCCAGAUCAUGGCAGAUGUGGUGGAGCAGAGGAUCGUACAGCAGGUGACGGCCAUUUUGAAAGACGCCGGAGUGAACAAUCUGUCGGUGCAGGUGGAGAAGGAGGCAUACUUCCAGCACAUGUCUGGACUAAGCACAGGAUUUCAGGAAGUUCUGGCAAUGACGCAGCAGAUGGAGUCCGUGAAAUGCCUGAAUGACGGGACUUGUAUCAUGUAACGAGCUGCUGAUGGACCAAAUGAAACUUUACUGAUUCAACCCUUUUUCAUUGACAUGUACAGUAAAUGUAUGUAUGUGGUUUAAAUAAAUCUGAAUAUAUUGGUUUUA